UAAUCCCAUUUUGCACCUUGAGGGGGUGAAGACAAGGCAGAGUGAAGUGAACACCACAGAGGUUUCACCCCCUGCACAUCUUAGGGAAAAAAGUUAGUAUCUACUUUCUACGCAGGAUGGGGAACGCAAAGAGCAGUGCUUUGUCGAAUAAGCUCCUGGAGGAGCUGAAAUCCAACACAAAAUACUCAGAGGCCGAGCUCUGCACCUGGUACCAGUCCUUCCUGAAGGAGUGUCCUGGCGGGAAGAUCAGCAAGCAGCAGUUUGAAGGAAUAUACGCCAGCUUCUUUCCCGACGCAGACCCGACAGCGUAUGCUCGGCACGUAUUCAGGAGUUUCGACACCAAUGCAGACGGCACUUUGGACUUCAAGGAGUACAUUGUCGCCCUACACCUCACCUCCGGGGGAAAGACUAUGCAGAAGCUGGAGUGGGCCUUUGCACUGUACGACGUUGAUGGGAAUGGAACCAUCAGCAAAAAUGAAAUCCAAGAGAUUGUUAGGUCAAUAUUCAACAUGAUUCCUGCUGACGACCAGAAGAAUCUCCCUGAGGAUGAAAACACACCAGAGAAGAGGUCUGAAAAAAUUUGGGAAUUUUUCGGGAAGAAAGAGAACGAUAAAAUCUCAGAGGGAGAAUUCAUUCAGGGCGUGAUGGACAACAAGGACAUCUUGCGGUUGAUACAAUAUGAUGAACCUCAAAAAAUUAAAGACAAGCUAAAAGAGAAGAAGCAUUAGUUUGCCUGCGAGAAAGCUCUUUAAAGACUGUUAUAGUUCUCUGUUUACAUUUUUAUGUGAUAUGAUUGCUUGAACGCUUCACCCGUCCUUUUCUUCUCUGUGCUAGCAGCCAGACAGUGUUGUGUUUUUGUCUGUGUACCAGAAAGCAAUCAGACAUUGUAUUCAAUUAUAGAAAAUAUAAGUAGAGGAACUUUAGAAAUCAAUCCCAGAGUUUGAACGUUGGUUCUUUGUGUAUCUAGUAUUAUUCUACCCUACAAAGUCAUAAAGCAGUACAUUUGGCAAAAUUGACUAAAAUUUGAUGUUGUGUUAGCGUACAUUACCAUAAAACUACAGUUUUAUACUACAUACUUUAUCAUGUUUUUAAACAGUGCAAACAAACUUUUUAAGAAGCAACCAAACUGCGGUUACUGCACUCCAACUUAAGCCUACCUAGCUAAAGAGCCAGCUAAAGCUAAAACCUUCUCCUGUUUCCUGAAAUGAGAAAAAAAUAUAGAUUGAUGCUCUAACAUCUUAGGAACUGUAUUUGUUACAACAAAAGAAAUUGAAAAGAACAAUAAAAAGUAAAACUAGAUAAACUAGUUCAGAAAAUGCUUAUUAGCCUCGCUAGCAGAGUAGCAGCCAACUUUGCAGCCUCUGAAAUCAUUUGAUUUCAUGUGGAUACACUAUUAAAUCACAUAUUUUAAUACAUUUAAAGUUUAUCAUCUCAUUUGUUAAAAUGUAAACAUAUCUAUGUCUAUUAGUUUUGAUAAUACAAACAGAUACUUUAAAGACAUUACAAUGUCUAUAUAUAAAGAGUAAAUUAAUAGAUAAAUGUCAUAACAACUACAACAUUUUAAUAAAAAACAACAGUAAUUUGUCUCAUUUCCUGGAAAUAAAAAAUUAGCUCUGAUCUUAGUAACUGAGGUUUAUACCACAUGAGUAAAAACCAAAUCUUAAACUGGAGUUAAGAAAGAAAACUGCAUAAACUAGUCCAGCUAAACACUAGUAGUGGUACAACGGACAUGUCUUUGAAGGCAACUAGCUCUAUGACUCUUUUUGUACAUGACAAUAUUUUUGUUUCAAGUUACUACAUCAUAAUAAAUGUGUAUGUGUCAUAGAUGUUAAAUAUGUGACAAGUAUUAUUAAUGAAUGUCAUAAAAAAAAGUUUUACACCUUCUACACUGUAUGCUUACUUCAAACCACUACUCUUUGACUUUUAAGGCAGAACAGGCCCAAAUAUCCGAACUUAAUGUCCUUACAAAUUGAAAAGUGCUGAGUCAUGACACUUUUACUGAUGGCCUGUUCACUCUCGCCAGGCAGCAUUAGGUUGAUAAUAAGAAAGUCAGGCAGGAGAGCUCCUUAUGAGAGGAAUUAGGCUCGGGUUAACAAUCCGCCUGUAUCAGCUAAUCCUAUUAGGAGCUGAAGGUCAGUUGAGACAAACAGCCUCAUCACUCAAAGUGUCUAGUUUGGAAAAUAUUACCAUUUACCAGUAUAAGAUAUGUUGAUAGGCUCCUCUAAAUAGUUUUAUGUUUCAGGUGUCAUUGCCUUUUUUUUUUUUAUCAUAUUUCUUUUUAGUUCUAAAUAUGUUUUGGAAAAUAAACCUGAAAGUGGUAAUUGGUAAGAGAAUGCCAGGUGUUAAAAACAUGUAGUAGUAUGUGGUAGCACAGUACUCCUCAGGAUGUACUGCUUGAGAUGCAUCUUAUUUUUGAGGUCUUCCUAAUAUGUAAUAACAACACUGUAUAUUUACUAAAAACAUUUGCCUUCACAUGGAUUGAUGAUUCUAAUGUUAGCCGAUGAACAGGAUUAGCAACUCAUAAAACAUCUAUAUGCUUAACUUGAAGGCACUGUAUGAAAAUCGUAUGUAUAUACAACAUGUGUAAAGUUUGAUAUAUGUAUAUUAUACAUCAAAAACAGA